AUGGGGGACGGGGCGGUGACUGAGGAUGAGGAUGCUGAGGAGAGGAGGAGGAGGAAACAUGGGGCUGAAGGGACAGGGAAGAUUGAGAAGAGGAAGAGGAGGAGAAGCAGGAUGAAUGCGAUCAUAGCGAUGGAGCCUGAACGCAGCAGCCGAUCAAACUUUGAUCUGAGGAAGGAAGAAAGGCGACGAGCUCAGGGGCCUGAGCUCGCAUGGGGGAGCGUCCAGUCCUCCCAUGCCAAGUGCGAGCUUGUCCUUGCGAGUUGGAACCCGCAGAAGCUGCGGGAGAUGAUGGAGAUCUCUCGAGUCCUCAACAUCCGCGUGCGCAAGGCGGAGGAGGAGGGCGUUGCUCGGGGCCCCGUGACCCCAGCCGACCUGGUGGAGGACAGCAAGCUGAAGGCCAUGCACGUGAUGCGGAAGACGGGGAAGGCUGCCAUGGCAGACUGCGCAGUCCUGAAGGUGCCGGUGUUGAGAGAUGCUCCUGGAUUUGAG